CACAAGCAACAUUUAUGCACACUCUGCGGUUUGUCACGCGUGACCCGACGGCACGUACAGUAGACAUCAAAACUCAUCGCACGCCGUUCUUCACUGUGAAUGCCGCUAGGUGCUAGCAUUCCAAUCUACAGUCUUGAAUGCCGCUUGGCAGCGCCUUCCAGGAGCUGAUAGGCGCUGCGGCACAGCUGAAGACAGCACUCAUUAAGCAGCGACCUGGUCGGCAGGAAUGGGAGAACGCGCCGCCGUUCAUGCGCUGCACUGCGGCGCCAAUAGACAGUGUCCUUCGUGCUCGGGAAGGAGGCUUCAGCAUCCAGCACAGCACGGCUCUCCAGCUAAAGGAGGAGGGUAAUGACCUCGUCAACAAGGAUCCGGAGGCGGCACUGGAGCGGUACGCGCAAGCGAUGUCGGUGUUUCUAUGGUUCGACAGAGGCCCGGACCGCGCCGCAGAGGACAUCCCGCUGGUGUGCGCCGCUGACACUCUGCCAGAGGCGGAGAGGGAGCAGGCGCACCACCUGCUGGCUGUCAACUUCUGCAAUGCCGCGGCGUGCCUGCUGAGUCUCAACAUGGCGGCGGACGCCGCAUACGCAUGCACCCAGGCGCUGCGCUACGACCCGUACAGCGUCAAGGCGCUGUACCGCCGCGCGCUGGCGCACCGCUCCGCCGACACCAGCGCGGGGCUGGAGGCGGCGGUGGCGGACCUGGCAGCGGCCAACCAGCUGGAGCCCGCCAACAACCAAGUGCGGCUGGCGCUGCAGGCGGUGCAGCACGAGCUGCGCGAGCUGCGGCGUACGGAGCGAGGCCUGUACGGCAACAUGUUCAACAAGGGUGGGCUGUACGAUAACGACAAGGCCACUGAGCAGCUGGCGGCAGCAGCAGCGGCGGCGGCGGCAGCAGGAGCAGCUGGGGAGCCAGGGGCCUCGGAUGGGGAGGAGGGGCUGAGCAGCAGUGGCCGCGACCCCGAGGACCUCACCUUCGACGCAUUGCAGGGGCCUGGGAACCGCAAGGCACAAACAAAAGAGGCGGAAGUGGUGUUGCGGCGCAUGCAGCGGAGCCUGGCUGCUGCGCGGAACCGCAAGAUGGCGCAGCGGCUAGACGCAGCCCGAGCCCCAAACGCAGGCCGCUUUCCCUGGUGGGCGGUGCCGUGGUGGGCGUACGCCCUUAUCGCGCUCCACCUUGUGUACAGGGUCAUCAAGAUAUGGCGAAUACCACUUCCGGCGGGCACCAACGGCGCAAGCCCAGGACAUCCGCUAUCACAGCAGGAGCCAUUGACAACACCAGCGCACGGGGAGCUUUGACCAGGGGAGGUGCCUCCCAUGGCGUUGCCCAUGUAGCCUUAUUACCGUGCCGUACUCGUGUAGAUGUCGGAAGUGGUCAGUUUCGGAAGUGGUCAGCGAUAAUAUAGCUAUGCCCUGAGUAGUAAUGUCCUCGGAACGCUUGCGGGCUCAGAGCACUCUGGUAGCCUGUUGCACUUGGACUGCAAGUAUUUUAUGUAGAUUAGACUGUACAGGUUUCUGCCUAUAGGUGUAGCCCAGGGGCACCACUGGAGGAGCCUAGUAGACUGGCAGGACGCGUCAGGACGUGUCCCAUCAUGGGCCCUAGUGAGUAGUGAUGAUGUCCCCAAGUGGCUCAGCCGCCAAACGCGGGAGGCGUAUAGCUGCAGAAGUAUGUACGCCGACGCCACGUGCAUGGAAUUCGUCCGGAACCGUUAGUAAUCGUAAUUUGGAAGGCGGUUCAGGAGGAUCCAGGUGGUCAGACCCCGCUCGCCUCCCGAUUAAGUGCUGCAACCCUCCUGGCUG